AUGGACAACGAACAGCCCCCUGACAACGGCUUGGGUAUGGCGGAUCCCAGUAGUGGUAUGCUUGGUCCGCUCACAGAUCCUCCCGGCGUCGUGGCGGGGGUGGACGUAGCACCCCCUCCUGGAAUGCUGGAAGAUGUUGGAGAUCCGACGGCAGCCGGUCUCAUGAUGCCUCCUGAUAUUGGUUUGGCCGUGCAAGAUCAUCACCCAGGUGCUCAUCAUCAUCAUCAUCAUCAUGAUUCGGUCGAGGACACACUCGAGUCUCUUGCCGCUGCCCCAGGAGGAAUGCCCGAACCCCCCAUGGUGGGUCUCGAUCAACACCAUCACGUGGCCGUUGAAGCUGCUCCAAUAAAGGACGAUUUGAAGCCACAAGACCUAUCCGACGUCAUGUCGCCAGUGGAUGUGCAACACACACACGACGUGAAACCUUCAGAUGCAGAUACCACAGAUAAAGACACAUCAGCCAUGAUUGCAGAGGCCGCAGCAGCGGCGGUGGCAUCAGUGGCAGGAGGAGGGGCUUCGGAAGAUGCAACGGCUGCCGCGUUGGCUGUCAAGACGGAUGGACAAGUUGCCGAGGAGGAAAGGGCCAAACGAAACCAGCUACGCCGCAAACGAUACCGGGAGAAGGCCGAGGAAGGAUCUGUCAUCUCCGGAGCAGACAGUAGAACAUUGAAAAGCCACGAAGAACAAUUGGCCACUCGCCGUCUCAAGGAUCGGGAGCGAUACGCGUCCAUGACGUCAAAGCAACGUCAAGUCUACAAUGCUAAAAGACGUGAUCAAUACCAUCGACAGAGCGAAGAGUCUCGUCAGAAACGCCGCGAACGAGAGCGUAAUCGUUACCAUAGCCUGGGUGACGGUGAUGCCAAAGAACGCAAUGCUCGUCGUGCGAAACUGGAGCGUGAGCGGUACCAACGACUCUCAGCAACGGACUUGGAAACGAAAAACCGGAAACGCAGGGAACGUGCUGCUCAUUUGCGAAAGCGUGGCAGCAAAGGAGGUUCGGUGGCAUCCGGGUCGCAAUCAUAUCUGUCAACGCCCAUGACCGUAUCAGUGGCCGAACAUUCCCAGCACACUUUGGGCACGUUGGGAGUACCACAUAUGGAAAAUCCCGAAAUGGCAGCACCGGUCCAACAACAUGAUGAAGAGGGAAUUCAAAAUUCGGCAGCUGCAGAAGAGGCUGUAAAGGAGGCUGUCAAAGAAGCUGUCGAAGAGGCCUGUGGGAAAUCGGACAUUGUGCAGAUCUAA